CUGCUCACACUAAAUGCGCUUUGCUCUCCCUCUGCCUCUCCUCCCCUUUGCUGCAGUGUCUACAGCCUUCCUCCCCAGAUAAGGGUUCUCUUGUCUCUCUCCACCACCACUCCGACCCCUCCUUCUCUCAGCGCUCACUGCUCACCUAAUAGAGAGAGAGGGGGGGAAAAAUUCAGAAGCCUCCAUCAUUUCCAUUUGUUACUACAGCUUCUUGGAUUUGGAAGAACUGCUGCUGCUGUUUAGAGAGAGAGGGAGAGAGAGAUCAGGCACCCGGGCAAGGGAAAAAGGUACUGACCUUUCACUCUUGCCAAUACCCACCUCAGAUCGCAGAGAAAGUGGGACAUGGCAUCGUCGAGUUCUUCUUCUUCCAACUCCCCCUGCGCCGCCUGCAAAUUCUUGCGGAGGAAGUGCAUGCCAGGCUGCAUCUUCGCACCCUACUUCCCCCCGGAAGAGCCACAGAAAUUUGCCAACGUCCACAAGAUCUUCGGGGCCAGCAACGUCACGAAGCUCCUCAACGAGCUCCUCCCCCACCAGCGGGAGGACGCCGUGAACUCGCUCGCCUACGAGGCGGAGGCCCGGGUGAAGGACCCAGUGUAUGGCUGUGUCGGGGCCAUCUCGGUCCUUCAGCGACAGGUCCAGAGGCUCCAGAAGGAACUGGACGCCGCCAAUGCCGACCUCCUCCGCUAUGCUUGCAGCGAGAUUCCCACAGGGCUGCCUGUACCGCCGUCAUUGGUGUCGCCGAUGGGGACAUAUCAGAGAAUUGAGUACGGGAGGAGGGUUGGCAAUGGAGGGAAUUCCUUCUACCAGGCUUCCGGGAUGCCGGCGCCUUACCCUCCUCCAUGGACUACCAGCAAUCUUACGGGCGAUGGCAGCAAUCCUUCAGGAGAGAUGGAUCGAAGAGAAGGAGGGGAGAGCAGCAUGUGAAAACUUCCAAAGAAUUGGUAACUAUGUCUAUAUUGCUGAGUAGCUAGGAUUUAAUCUCUAUUCGAUGGUGCUAAUAUAGCUGUGUCUUGAAGCAUGAUAUGGUCCGUGUGCUGUAUUUUGUUGGCGAACUGUAUCUAUCAUGGGUACAAUGUGUUCCAUUGAAUCAUCUUUUCGCGAGUCCAUUCAAGCUUCUAGCAUGAGCUUAAUGGACAGGAGAUUUGGAAAUUUAGGUGAAGCAAGCUUUGUAAUGAAGAUCGAGAGCUAUAUAUAUCUUUUGGUUGUGUCUCAGUUCAGAAUUAAGGGACCAUGUUCAGGCUUA